AUGACUAAGGUUCGAAAUCAGCAUAAAGAAAAGCCUACGGGUACUGAUCUCGAGCCUACGUUUGUAGAAAGGUUGAUUUAUAACUGGCUCAUUACUGAUCCAAACUUAAAUAUAUCGACAGCCAAAAACUAUCAGGUGCAACACCAUGAUAGCAUGAAAUAUAUCUUCUUCUUCGGCGGAAGGUUAAGAACUGUCAAAGGAAGACCUAUUGUAAUCCUUACUGGGGCUUUAAUUAUAGUUCCAGCGGUACUAUUUUGGUGCUACGAGGCAAAAUGGCUAUGGCAUAACGUUUCUUCAGCGCCAGUAAUAAUUUUUUCAUACAUGUGGAUGUUAACCUUUAUGUUUUUCAUUAGGGCUAGUACUUCAGAUCCUGGAGUGUUGCCGAGGAACAUUCAUAUCCCAUUAAAGGUUGAUAAGACGACCAAGCAAUUUGGCCCAACCGCACCAGAAGAGUACUAUAAUAUAAUAUCGGUUCCAUACUAUCAAAAUGAUAAUAAUGGCAGAGCUCGUUCGAACGAUGCCUCGAUUAAUUUAAAAUACUGUCCAACAUGUCAUAUAUGGAAACCUGCAAGGACAAGUCAUUGCAAUGUUUGCAAUUGCUGUGUACUCCAUCAUGACCAUCACUGUAAAUUCUUGAACAAUUGUGUUGGACCGAGAAAUUAUCAAUACUUCCUUUGGUUCUUACUAUGUGCAACCAUAGGCAAUGUGUUACUAUUCAUAUUGUCAUUCAUUCAGAUCUUCUACUACAAAUUAGAGACUAUCCCACUGGUACAAAGGUUUGAGCAGUCUAUAAAUUUGCAUCCAGCAGCAUUUUUCCUAGCCAUUUACUCAUUUUUCACUAUGUUAUACCCAGCGCUUUUAUUGGGAUUCCAUUUAGUAUUAACAUCGAAAUAUUUAACUACAAGAGAAUAUUUAAAUAAUGUUUGGGGAAAGAGACAUAAUCCAGAUUUUGUUAAUUUCUUCGACACUGGUUCUAUGUGGAAGAACUUAUACAUUUCAUGGAUAGGGAAGCCCAAGGGGGUCAGCAUGUUCAGGCUAAUAGAUCCAUAUGAGCCUGGAGAUCUUAGGUUGGAGAAGAUAAAUCCAUUACCCACCUUUUGA